AUGCCCCCUAUGAUGGUGUUUCCCAGGAAGAGGAUGGAUCCACAGUUAAUGCUUAAUGCUGCCCCUGGAGCAUGGGGAGUUGUUAGUGACUCAGGCUGGAUGACCACGGAGUUGUUUCUUGGAUGGUUUAAACAGUUUGUGAAAUUUAGUGGGGCCACAGUAGAUCGACCUGUUUUGCUAUUAUUGGAUGGCCAUAGCACCCAUACAAAAAACAUCGAUUUAAUAGAUGAAGCUCGAGCCAAUGGGGUAAUUAUUUUAUGUUUCCCCCCACAUGCAACUCAUCGUCUUCAGGUCGCCGAUGUUGUUUAUAUGAGACCGUUGAGCAAUUAUUACGAUCGGCAAAUUACGACCUGGCUUCGCAGCAAUCCAGGGAUGGUUGUAACAAUGCGGCAAGUUGCAGAAAUUUUUGGAAAGGCAUUCAUAGAAACAUCUACCAUGGCAACAGCUGUAAAUGGCUUCAAAAAGUGCGGAAUUUGGCCUUUCGAUCCGACGGUCUUCUCUGAAACCGACUUUGCUCCUUCGUUGGUGACUGAUAUUCCGCUCACUCAAACACUGACUUCAGCGACCACAGAUGUAGCAGUCACAGCACCUGCUGAGUUAGAAACGCAGCAAGUUGACGUAUUACCUGUGCUGGAUACCAGUGAAGCUGCUAUUACUAAUGCAACUACAUCUCGUGCCUCACUUCUAUCUACCGGGGUUGAAACAGAGGCAAUUCGCAAAACCAUUAAUAAUGUUCCUGUAUCAGCUACUUUUCACGAGACACCUACGGUGACUUCUGCUACCUCGUCGAGUCCUCAACCUGGAUGUUCCACGUGGGUUGAUGAUACAGAAAUAGACAGAAGACCAACUACUCCACAACAGUCAACAUUUUCUGUUGUUAGUCCACAGCAAAUAUUACCCCUUCCAGCAAGUCGUAGAUCUUCACGCGUGACUCGUAAACGAGGAAGAACAGCCAUUAUUACUGAGUCACCGUAUAAAAAAGAACUGGAAGAAACGAUUAAAAGAAAGCAGGUCACGGAAGAGAAUAAACUAAAACGAAAAGAAAUUAGACAAUUAAAAUUGGAGAAGACGAAAACGAAGGAUAAAAAAGGAAGACCCAAUAAAAGAGGAGUCAUAAAAAAGAAAAAAACGAUAGAUAAUCGCAAAUCAUCGGAUAACAAUAGUGAUGCAGAUAUUGAAAAUACCCCUUGUUUGUACUGCAGCGGUCUUUAUUUAGAUUCCAAUGAAGGCUGGAUCAAAUGUUCUCUCUGUGGUACGUGGGCACAUUGCUCUUGUGCUGGAGUGGAUGAUGAGGACGAUGAAGCAACAUUCUCCUGCGAAUUCUGUCAGGAAAAGUAG